AGCAGCAGGAGCCAGCUGCUGAGGAACACCCGGCUCCAACACAUCUGCAAACGACAAAACAACCAAAGGCCUCCCUGAUGGAGAAUGUGAGAAUGUGGUGGUGGCCCACUGGUGGACCUUCGAGGUAUUGCAGUGUAUCACAGCAGAGAUGGACGAAGGGGGAACAAACAACGGAAAAGAAAAGUUCCACGCGUCUUUCAGCGUGGAGCCCUAGCGGUGGUGGUGGUGUUAUGUGUGCUCCCUGGAAAAGUCUGCGGACUGGAGAGAGAGGAAGAGAGAGGAGGAAGAGAGAGAGAGGGAGAGGGAGAGGGAGAGGGGGGACAAACAAGCCCGGCAGCUACAGAGGACAGAUCAUGGCGGCACCUCUCGGACGGGACACUCUACCUGACCACUGGUCGUACGGAGUUUGCAGAGAUGGCCGCGUCUUCUUUAUUAAUGAUCAGACUCAAAGCACCACUUGGCUCCAUCCGCGCACUGGGGAACCGGUUAACUCCGGACACAUGAUACGGUCAGAUUUGCCAAGAGGAUGGGAAGAGGGUUUCACGGACGAAGGAGCCAGCUACUUCAUCAACCACAACCUGAGGAGUACGUCGUUCCGGCAUCCUGUGACGGGACAGAUCUCCCCUGAAAACACAGAAUACACGCUACAAGACAGAAUAGAGGCACGCAUGUCCAAGUCAGCAGCCAACCACAGAUCCCCGAUCACAGAUAGCAUGGUCACAGAGCCCUGCAAGGCAGUGACCUCAGCGGCUGCGGAUGCCGCCUCACAGUCGAAGAGCGCCAGAGGUUCAGGAAAAGUGCACAGUUUUGGGAAGAGGGAUCAUUCUAUUAAAAGAAACCUCAACAUCCCAGUGGUGGUGAGAGGCUGGCUCUAUAAACAGGACAGCUCUGGAAUGCGACUGUGGAAGAGGAAGUGGUUUGUUUUGUCCGACUACUGCUUAUUUUACUACAAAGACAGUCGAGAGGAGACGGUGCUCGGGAGCAUCCCUCUGCCCAGUUACGUCAUCGCAGCGGUCGAGGCUGACGACCACAUAAACCGCAAAUAUGCUUUCAAGGCGACCCAUACAGGAAUGCGCUCCUACAUUUACAAUAAGAACUCUGUGAUUGGCUCACAGGCGGAGCACUGCGGGAUGCGGACAUAUUUCUUCAGUGCGGACACACAGGAGGACAUGAAUGGCUGGAUCCGGGCCAUGAACCAGGCUGCGCUGAUGCAGCAGAGUCACACUAUAAAGAGAGAGGUGGAGAGACCAGAGAAGGCUGGACAGCAGGCAGUCCCUCAAACCAACCACGUCCACAUCAACCAGAACUCAUCUCAGUCAGAACGCCUGCACAGGGCAGACAGGAAGGAGUCCUGUGAGAACGGCAUCAGGCUGAUUCAUGGAGAUGAAGCGAGGUAUGGAUUAGAGAUUCAAGGGAGGCCCAGUCAGGCGGCGACAGAGGAGCGAGUGGAGGGACUCUCUCCGGACUCGGUCAACGGCGCCGCACACGGACAGCAAACUGUUCUCCAAUUGACGCUGCCACCGGAACAAAACGGAAAUCUAGUCUAUCAGCGGGGCUUUGUUUCACAGACGGGCCCCGAGAAACACAGGAAGAGUGCACUCACUCACGUGGAGCAGUGGGUCAAAGUCCAAAAAGGGGAUCCUCCAAAGAGUUGUCCCUCAGCUGAAUACAACCUCCCCCGACGAACGCCCCCCUUAAAGCCCAAAGGCAGCACAGUGGAUUCUACCUAUCAGUCAUUGCCAAAGUCUCCUCGUCUCCCGUCGGGCGGCAACUCUCCCCCAGCGACGUGCAACCUGCCCAGCGACUACAAGUACGCUCACGACCGGCUCAGCCACUUCCGCAUGUCCACCGACGAGCGAAUGGCCGCCAAGGAGGGAAUGGUGUGGCAGCUGUACGAGUGGCAGCAGCGGCAGCAGUUCCGGCACGGCAGCCCCACCGCUCCCGUCUACACGGGGCCCAACUUCACAGACUCGUCGUCCUUUCGGGUGACCGUGGAGAUGCCCCGCUCCAUAUCCGUGCCCCCGUCCCCGUGCGAAGUCCCACCGUCUGUCCCCUCGUCGUUCAAGCCCCUGUCCCCUCGCAGGCCACACACGCCCUCAGACAGACGCACGGUCAGGCCUCUGGAUGAAGUGGCGUCGGGGGACAACACGAGAUCCAGCUCCCCCGGUCAUAUCUGUGCCCAGCUCUCUCAGACGUCACAGUUGGAGAGAAGAUCCAUGCCAGCCAUGGGCUACAUCACGCACACUGUCAGCGCUCCGAGCUUACAUGGAAAAACGCCAGAGGAGCUGACUCUGCUCCUCAUUCAGCUCCGGAGGCAUCAGGCCAAGAUGGCUGGUGUGCAUAGCCCCAGCUAUGCGUUCGCUCACCUCCAGCACCACCAGCACAACGGCCUUCUGGGUCCCAGCAUGCAGGCUGAUGAUACUUACGUACAACUGAAGAAGGACCUGGAGUAUCUAGAUCUGAAGGUGGGCCCCAACAGAGUUACUGGACGAGAGAGUUUAAAAAAAGAAAGAGCUUCCAGGCCUGUGAAAAUAGCAGAAAGUGAUGCUGAUGUGAAAUUAAGUCGACUGUGUGAACAAGACAAGAUUCUCCAGGAGUUAGAGGCCAAGAUACGCACUUUGAAGGAAGACAAGGACAAGUUAGAGUCUGUGCUGGAUGUUUCCCACCAGCAGAUGGAGCAGUACAGAGACCACCCAGCUCAUGCUGAGAAGAUCGCCUAUCAGCAGAAAUUACUACAAGAAGAUGUGGUGCACAUCAGGGCUGAGAUCUCCCAAGUGUCCACGGAGAUGGAGAACGCGUGGAACGAGUACAGCCGGCUGGAGAGAGACGUGGACUGGCUGAAGUCGGCCCUGCAGGGACACAUGAACCGCAGUGAUCUGUCUCAGCAAGAGAAAGUGCAGCUCAGGAAGGAGCUGUGGAGGAUCGAGGAUGUUAUCGCGGGUCUCAGCUCCAGCAAAGCCAACUACAAAGUCACUAUCUCCUCUGUUACCAACCCAGAGAGGAAAUUUGUGCCUUCAGUGUCGGCAUCAUCAGUGCCUUCUGUGUCUGGGAGCUCGUCUGCCAUGGAGAUGAGACUGUCCCAGCAGCAGCACAGCCCCCACCUCAGCCCGAGUAGCCACACCCCCACCCUGUGCUCCAGCCCCAGUCAGCAGCUGUUACACCACUCUGCCACCAUCACCAGUGGGUUUAAAUGGUGUGAGGAAGAUGUGCCUCCCCGACCUCCUCUACCUCAGCUCUACAGUCCCGAUGAACAUCCCCCUGCUGUGCCCCCAUUGCCCCGGGAGACGACGGUCAUCAGACACACUUCAGUGCGCGGCCUCAAGCGACAGUCGGACGAGCGCAAGAGAGACAGAGAGAUCGGCCAGUACACUAACGGAGACAUUAAGGUGGAACUCAGGCCGUUCCUGAGCGACCCCGAGCUCAUGGGGGCUGGAGACGGAGCCAGCCGCAUCACGGUCAUAGCAUCUGGACACGACGGAGGUUACCAGACGCUACCGAGCAGAGGAGUAGCUGGCUCCUCCCUCAGACUAAAUCAGUCCUCAAGCAUCUCCUCAUAUGUGACCCUCAGAAGAGCAGUCUCAGCUGCCGGCAUGAAGGUGAGACGAAUUAAAUAA